CCCGUAUCCUUCCAGUCCUCCAAGGCCAGGCAUUGCCUCGCUUGGCCCCAGGCGCUGCUCUCCUCCUCCUCCUCCUCCUCCUCCUCCGAUCCCACGCGCUCCUGAGAGGGAGACCCGAGAGUCCGCGCCUCCUUCUCGCUUCCACUCUGCCCGAAGAUGUCCGCCGGCGCCCACUUCCCGUUCCCCCACCAAGGCCUGGGUGGGCUGCCCCCUUACCAGACGCUGAAGGACGAGCGGGACGUAGAGCUGGCCGUGGCCCCGUCGGGGGCGCCUCGGGAGGCCUCCGCCACCGGCGCCACCAUCGUCCUCAUGCCGCCCGCCCGAGACCACCUCGCCUGGUCCCUCUUCAACACCUUCUACCUGAACUUCUGCUGCCUGGGCUUCGUCGCUUUGGUCUUUUCCGUCAAGGCAAGAGAUUGUAAAGUGGUUGGUAACCACAUUGGAGCUAGCAGAUAUGGUACUAUUGCCAAGCGCCUGAACAUCCUGAGUCUCCUAGCAAGCAUCGCUUUGAUCCUCGUGUUCUUUGCUGCCGUUUUUGCCCUUACUGCACAGCUAAAGCAGAGCUCCGUAAACUUUGAGUCAGGACCCGAAGUGGGUUCGCCAUAACUGUAACUUGGGCUUGCUCUCCCUUCUCUCCCACAUGAACAUGUGCAUUUCUCUGCCUUCCCCUCUCUCACUCAUGUCUCUCUGCCUUUCCUUUUCCCCUGCACAUACACACACAUGUGUUUUUGUCUUUCCUUCUUUUCUGAAUGUGCCUUCAGAUACCUGGGUUCACAUAAAAUUUCUCAGGUGGAAAGGCUUAAGAAGCCCUGUUAGGCUUUGCUGCAGAGUGGCUUCUAUUUUGAAAAACCUCUUUUAUAAUCUUUUCCCAACCUUCUUUUACUUCACAAGGUAACCUCAUAUAGUGUGUCAUAUCAUUUAGUCAGAUACCAAUGUGUAAUUUGCCAAAAAGAGUGGCUUGAAAGUCUAGUAUGCUUUGAGAGCGUAGCAUGGCAUCUGCAGUUGUGUCACUCUUAGCUUUGCCAAGAUGGAGGUGGAUAGGUUUCCAUUUCAUGCACAGUUAUACAGUGGGAGUGUGUUGUUCCAGACUGCUUUUUCUCACUCCAUAUGAUCCUGGUGCCUUUUCUACACUCUUGAAUUAGUGUUCUACUGUGUUUAACCAACCACCUUUUCUAUUGAAUGUAGACAACCUCAAAAGCAAUGAUGUGUUUUGAGGGUGAAGUUGCAUGUGAGAAUCCACUGUGUUCUGAUCAAAUAAAGUCAUGAGUGGGUGGAAACGAGGGCUUUCUAGCUCCUCCCUUUUUUGCAAGAUCCUCCACUUGUCAUCUUUUUUCCUAUGACUUUUGUAAUAAGAGAUGUUUGUAAAGCCUGGUUUGGUUAACAUUAAUAGUCUUUAAUACAUUUGUAGAAAAACA